CACAGAAAUAAGCUCACUCAAACUUUUAGUGACUGAGCCGAACACCAGCGUGGGGUUCACAGUAAAAACACUAUGGGUAGACUAAGGACCCAACCAUCGAAGCUUCAUCGCCACUGCGAGAGCUGCCACAGCCGGCGCUGCAAGAUGGCGAUUGAGAUUUCUGUGUCAUGUGCGAUCAUGAGCUGCCGUUUGCUGUGCGGUGCUGUGUUUCACCUGUGCAAGGAAGAAGAACACAUGCUCUUGUGCCCCAAUGACAGGGUGCCUUGUCUCAAUGUCGAAUACGGCUGCCCGUUCAUCAUGUGCCGCUCAAACGUGGCUAAGCAUUUGACGGUGUGUCCUGCCAGUGUCGUCUCCUGCUCAAUGGAGUGGAACCGAUGGCCCAUUGAAGAGUCUGAGACCCCUGAGUUCUACGAGAACAUUUUGAAGGAGAACUACACUCAGGAACCUCUGGAUCUCUCGAUGGCUCUGAGAGACCAGCAGCAUCUGUUUCAUUCUCUUAAAAUGAAGACUCUCUUUCCUGAACUUAUUGAAAAAGUGGCUGAGGAGCCUUCGGUUGCAGUUCCGGAGGGGGCCGUGGGAGGGGUACCGCUCUCGAAUGGAGUCAAUGAAGCGUCUGCGUCUUCAAGUGCAGAAAUGGAAGGAGGUGGGCUCACUCAGGAGGAACGAGAGGAAUUAGCGAGGAAUCCUACUGUGGUUAAUAUCGAAAGCUAUUAUAUUUGGGAAAAAAUGUUCAGCAUGGAAUUGAGCGGCUGCAAGCAUACAAUAAAAUCUAUUGGGCAAAAUCCUGAAAACUCUCGCAAAGAAAUAAAGCCACAAGCCAACCCGAGCAGGUUGGACGUCCUACGGGAAGAGCUGUCAAGUCUUGACUCCUCUACUGACAUCCCUCAAUACAAUGCAUACGACAUGGAUGAAGACAAAUUCCUCAUAGCCACAUCCCUGUUUGCAUGUGACACGAGGCCCAAGAAGAAACUUGUCUAUCAACAUUUGGAGCCCAUGAAGAUUAAAACAGUCCGGACUUUCAAAGUCCCAACCAGCUUCAACGCCAAACAAAGUCGCAUUCGAAACCCCUCUCAUAACAAGAAGGUGAACUCAAGCGUAGACACAUCUGACCUAGGUGUUGAAAUCGAUGACAUUCCAAAAUGGGAUGAAGUUCAAGCUACUCUGUUGUGCUCUUUGGAGAGGGAACUACGGGGCCAUCUCAUAGCCGAAUCCAGGUCUACAGAUGCCCUUCUUCUGGACGUUGGAACACAGACGUAUGAUUUCUACUUGGCACCUUUCAAAGAAGAGACUUCACUGGCCGACAUCACUGCAGACCGGGCUUUGAAACUUCACGUCCACAUUCAGGCUGAGAGCGUCACCAGAAGACACAACAAAUCCAGCUCUGCGUUUACCUACCUCUGCAACCACAUAUUCAGACGGGAUGAGUUUCCGUCACACUACAAGAACGUUCACUCAGACAUCCAGAGUUGCAUCAGUGGAUGGUUUGAACAGCGAUGCCCUCUGGCCUACCUUGGCUGCACUUUUAUUCAGAGAAGGUUUCAGCCCAGCUCUCACAGAGCGACGGUUUUCUAUGACAGGGAGCUCAGCACUUUCUGUCUCCGACCGAAGGUUUCAGGCACACUGUAUGACGGUAUAAAACCGGUGACUGUGGAAAGAAAGCGUGCACGGAAUACAGACGCUCUGAGCAGGCUACCUUUUGAGGUUCUAGUCCAUGUUGCUGGAUUUCUUGAUAGCUUCACCCUGUCCCAGCUGGCUCUGGUCUCUUGUCUAAUGAGGGAGGUAUGCAGGACCUUGCUUCAUGAUAGAGGAAUGGUCUCACUGAAGUGGGAGAAGAAGGUCUACUCUCAUGGUGGAUGGUGCUGGAGAGCCAGAAAGAGGGUUUGGCAGUUUAGCAACCUGUUCUCCACUGUGGACAGCUGGUGCUUUGACAAAUUACCUCCAAUUUCUGAACAUCUAAAGGUUUGUCCAUACUACCAGAGGGAGAAUAAGACAGCACCUGUUCCUUUAACUGGUGUUAAUGAGUGCCACGAGAUAAAAGCACACAGGAAUCAGAGUCUAGUCUCCAUGUUCAUGAAAAACGAGUAGCAUUUGUAUUAUAACAAUCAAAAUAAAGUUUUUUUGUGUGUGUGACAGACUCACACAAUCAUUCAUCUAUACUGAAAUUCUGUGUUAUUUUGUGCUAUUCUGUUUGGAAUUUUAUUUUGUCAUAUGUGCAAAAAUAAAUAAAUCACCACAUUCUUUUCAGUUUUGGCAUGGAAUGAUUUUUGUGUUGAAUUUAUUAGCCUGUCCUUUCACCCAUAAAUAAAAAUUCUAUCA